AUGUUCACUGACAAGAAAUUGAAAGAGUACAAUGAUCGUGAAGAACGGUUUAAACAAGCUAUUGAAGAAGCUCAAAAUAAUAAAACCGCUUCCAUAAAUUCAAUUGCAAAUAAAUAUAGAGUUAGUAGGACUACUUUAUCAAGAAGAAUUCAUGGUUUUAAAAACACUAGAACUUCACAUGAAAAACAACAAAAAUUUACAAAUGAUGAAGAAUUAAUCAUUAUUGAAAGAAUUAAUCAAUUAUUAAAGAAAAGUUCACAAAUCCCAAGUAAAAAGGAAAUCUUGGUCAUAUGUGAAGAUUUAUUAAAAACAAAAUAUAUGGAUAAACAACAACAACCAGAAAAUGAAAGCUUUUUCAAAGUUGGUAAAAAUUGGAUUGAUAGAUUCUUAGAAAGACAUAAUGAUAAAUUAAUGAUUAAUGAAAAAACUUCAUUAUGUGAAUACUAUAAAUAUGAAUUCUUACAAAGGAAAAAAUUAAGAUCAAAUCGUGAUUUUAAAUCUGAAGAUGAUGAAAGUUCAAGUAAUUCUCCUUCAAUUCAUGAUGCUGAUGAAUUACAACAUCCUUCAACUUUAUCACACCAUCCAUAUCAACAACAACAAUACCCUCAACAACCUUUACAAUAUCAACAACAAUUCUUACCUCAACAACAUCGUCCAUUAUUCCCUCCUCCUCCAACUGGUGAUUAUAUCUAUCCAAGUAAUAUGAAUCAAGAAAAUCAAAUGAAUAUACCCAAUCAAUUUCAAAUACCAGGUUUAAUACCACAAGCAAGUUUUAAUACAUCAGAUUUAUCAAAUUGGAAUGCUGGUAAUAUUAAUAGUGUACCAAUGAAACCAAGUAAUAAAUUACCUUAUUCUCAAUCAAUGAAUUUCCAAUAUCCUCAACCUCAACAAACACAACCACAACAACCGCAACAACAACAACAAACACCAUCAACACCAUCACAAGCACAAGCACAAGGAAAUAGAAAUACAGGUUUUGGUCCGAAUAGUAUUUUAAAUAAUCACGGAGUUCAUUUGAAUGGAAAUGCAGUUGUUAAUAUUUAUCCAGAAGGUGGUCCAAUACCAAAUCAACAACAACAACAAGUUCAACCUCAAACUACCAAUUCAUCAACACCAUCAAAUACAAAUAAUGUCAAUCCUUAUUAUCAAACCACCCCAAUUGGUCCUCCAAGUGGUUUAAAUAAUUAUACUGCUCAUAAUCAACAAAAUCCAUUAUUACCACCACAUACAAACAUGGUUAUCCCAACUCCUCAACAACAACAAGCACAACAAUUACAACAACAAGAUUCAAAUCAAUCACAACAAUCAUCAGUUCAAGAUCAAGAACAAAAACCAAAAUUAGAACAUCCUUCAAAUAUUGAUUUAAUGGAAUUUUUCAAUUCUGAACAAAGAUUUUUUUUUGAAAAUGCGAGGAUUAAAUUAUUAUCUGAAUUAGAAAAAUCUCAACCUGAUUUAAAUUUUGUUACAAAAUUAAUUAAUUUAUCUUUUGAAAAUUUUGGGAAAGAAUUGAAUACAAAUAAUGCUGUUAAUGCUGCUGCUGUUAAUGGUGGGUUUAUUCCGUCAUACCAUUGA